CUAUGCGCAUUGGCAGAAAGGUGUUCUUGCUGCUGGCUGUGACGUGGAAACUGGCACACAAGCUGCCCAGCGCACAGGGACGUAGUAGGCCGCAGAUCUGUGGCUGCCCAGUGUACAAGGCGGCAAGCGUAUCAAACUGGACAACGUUCUCGGGACCGGAAUGGUACGAAGUGCUCAACCACCCUGGCCCUCUCCACAAAUGCGUAGUGCGGAAGUACGAUGUGGACAACCAGACCAUGAAAUGGAUCGAAAGAGACGGACCCUACGGCGAUGCGACAAGAACGAAGAUGUUCGACUUAGUGGUCGAAGAAGGACAGCAGUUUCUAAAUAGAGACAAGUCUUUCUUUCAGCAGAUUCUGAGCACGGACUUCAACAGUUGGGCCUUGCUACACAUAUGCUCCGAUGGAGACCGGCGAUCCAAGUUCACGUUGACGUUGCGCGAUCCAUUAAGCGUGAUACCUUCAGACGUAAUGACUCGCGUCAACGGAACGUUGGACAUGUUGGGCUUAUCGGACUUCAUCAGGUGGACACGGUCACCAUGCAUCAUCGACCGCACCCUGCGUCAAUUUCUCGGGAUGACCGGACUGGUGAUUAUGUACCCGCCGGAGGGAGCAGUCUUGCGAUUCGACCAAUCUCUCGCGACCGAGAAGCGCACGGAAAGAACGCAGCAGACGAAUGCACCGCAGGCAACGAUCGGGCUGACCGAGUUACGCAUGCUGGACGAUACAACCACGCCGUGCGGACCCAAUGUCGCGGACGAAAGAAGUAUUUCACGUGACACCCAUCUACCAUACGUCACCGGUCAGGCGCGUGAGACAAUUGCAGCGAACGACGCUGUUGUACUUCACGAGAGCCACCAAGCAUGGCACAGGGACAAACUCAAGGAACUCAGCAGGCCACAAGAGACCAGUGGGUCACAAGAGACCAGCGGGCAAAGCCAUCCGAGACAGGUACAAGAGACCAGCGGGCCGCAUCCUGUGGAGACGGCGCCGACAAGCGACCAGUACAAGCAUUCAAGCCAGCCGCUAGGACCCCGUGCGCCGAAACAGGCCGUGAUGACGCUACCGCCGAUUCGUAUUAGGACGACUACAUUGACGUAUCAAUAA